AAAACAGCUGAUGGCUCAUCAUAAAAAGACGCUUGACUUUUGUUAGUAAACUGAAACUGACGAAAAAACAAUACAAAUUGCACACUAGAAACAUCAAAAAUGUCGUCAGCUAUAUAUUUAGAAAACUAUUUAGACGGCUUGGAAUCGCUGCCCACCGAGCUAGAACGGAACUUCAAGUUGAUGAGAAAAUUGGACGAUCGAGCGCAAACGGCUAUGAAGAGCAUCGAUAGCCAUGCGAAAGACUUCAUGCGCAAGCUAUCCGCCGAGAACGGGCCAAUGAGCGAGGAGGAGCGAAAGGAGCGUCUGGAGGACAUUAAGGCACUGUUUGGCAAAGCCAAGGAAUACAGCGAUGAUAAAGUGCAGCUAGCCAUACAAACCUAUGAGCUGGUGGACAAACAAAUCCGAAGACUUGACAACGACUUGGCCCGCUUUGAAGGAGAGAUCCAAGAGAAGGCCUCCUCAACACGCGCCAAAUCCGAAGAAGUGGUUGCCAAGAAGGCUGGUCGUAAGAAGACCAAAGAUGGCAAGGCGACGGGUAAAAAGAAACGGCCAGCCUCCUCGGAUGAGGAAACUGGGCGUGGCAAUCAAUCGAACAGCGGCAGCGGGGCUAAUCUAAAUGCUAGCAGCAGUGCUGGUCAAGGUAGCAAAAAGAAAAAGUCCAAGGUAAAUCAAGAAAAAGAAACCCGCAAGGGGGCAGCACAAAAGAAAGUCGUGGAUGUGGAUGACUCGGAAAAAGAUUCUUGCCACACGGCCGCCACGCAUCCCAGCGACGUCAUGGACAUGCCCGUGGAUCCCAAUGAGCCAACAUAUUGUCUGUGCCACCAAGUAUCCUAUGGCGAGAUGAUUGGCUGCGAUAAUCCAGAUUGUCCCAUUGAAUGGUUCCACUUUGCCUGUGUCGGUCUUACCACGAAGCCGAAGGGCAAAUGGUUUUGUCCCAAGUGCACGCAGGACCGUAAGAAGAAAUAGACAACGUUAACGGCAGCA